AUGUCCCCGCUGUGCCCGCUGCUGCUGGCCCUGGCCCUGGUGGCCGUCCCCGCUGUCCGAGGCGCCUGCCCGGCGGCCUCCGAGCUCAAGAACCCCGACGGGACGCGCACGUGCGCCAAGGUGUAUGACAAGAGCGACCCGUACUAUGAGAACUGCUGCGGAGGCGCCGAGCUGGCCAUAGAGGCGGACAGCGACAUGCCCUACCUGCCCUCUGGCUGGACCAACGUCAUCUCCUCCCUGGUGGUGGCCCCGCGCUGCGAGCUCACCGUGUGGUCCCGCCGAGGCAAGGCUGGGAAGACGCACAAGUUCAAGAGCGGCGCCUACCCGCGCCUUGAAGAGUACCGCAGGGGCGUCCUGGGCCACUGGUCCGACGCCAUCUCCUCCAUCUACUGCAGGUGCUACUGA